AUGGGUUUCUUCACGAGGUUUCUCGCCCUGACGGCUGGUCUGGCACUACUAGAGACAGUGUACGCCAAGUUGGAUCUGUCGUCUAACUCGACCGUUGUGGUAUACUGGGGACAGGACUCAUACCAAGCGUCGGGGGGAGAUAUUGCCCAGAAGCGGCUGGGAGACUACUGUGAUGAUUCCAAUAUCGAUGUCAUCGUGAUGGCCUUUCUAAUGACAAUCAAUGGCCAAGGAGGCGCUCCAGAAGUUGACUUCGGCUCAACGUCUAAAGAUUGCGACACAUUCAAGGACACAAACCUGAAAAACUGCCCUGAGAUUGGAAAAGACAUCACAACGUGUCAAUCCAAAGGCAAGACAAUCAUCCUCUCCAUCGGCGGCGCAACCUACAGCGAGGGCGGUUUCAAAUCCGAUAAAGCCGCCGAAGACGGAGCAAACCUCAUCUGGUCAACAUUCGGCCCGGACAAGGGCGACAGCAAGAUACCCCGACCCUUCGGCAAAGCUGUCGUCGACGGAUUCGACUUUGACUUCGAAGCCGCGGUCACACACAUGGGCAAGUUCGCGACGAAGCUGCGAUCCCUGGCGGACGCGGACAAGAGCAAGAAAUACUACCUUACUGCGGCGCCGCAGUGUCCGUUCCCUGAUGCUGCGGACAAGGACAUUCUGAACACAAACAGCUCUGCGGCUGUCGAUGCGGUAUUUGUGCAGUUCUACAAUAAUUUCUGUGGGGCGAAUGCAUAUACACCAGAUAAGCCGAAGGAUAAGGCGGCCAAGGCCGAAGGAAGCGGCAGCAGAACCGCAGCCCAGAACUUCAAUUUCGACGUGUGGGACAAGUGGGCCCUCAAAGAGAGUAAGAACAAGGACGUGCGUGUGUUCCUGGGUGUCCCGGCGAACAAGGGCGCUGCAAGCACGGGGUACCUGCCUAUUGAGAGCCUGGAACCAGUAAUCCAGUACAGUAAGGGGUUUGAGAGCUUUGGAGGCGUGAUGAUGUGGGAUGUGAGCCAGGCCUAUCCAAAUAAGGGAUUUUUGGAUGGAGUGAAGAAGGCUUUGGGCAAGGGCGCUCAGCAGCAAUCUGCGCACGGAUCGAGUGAGGAUACGAAUGUUGCACCUUCGCCCGCGCCGAAGCCCCCGCAGCAGCAGCAGCAACAACCACAGGCGGAACAAAGCCACUCAGAUUCUGCAGGACAGCAGGGAACGCAGCCCGCCUCGCAGCAGGACGGGCAGGCCAGCGGUGCCGCAAGCCCACGCCCGGGAGAGCAGCAGAACCAGAACCAAGAUCAGACCGACGAUCAGGAUCAACCUCCGAACCUUCUGAAUAAUAUUAAUGGGCUCCUGUCGUCAGUCAAUGGGCUUGGUCCGAAGCUGCACUGA